AUGUCUAUAAAAAGUGAAAAUCCUGGGUUUUGCCGCUCAAGAUUGGAGGAGCUGCUUAAAAAGAGGUUCUUUUAUUGCCCGUCCUUUGAAUUAUACGGAGGGGUUUCUGGUUUGUAUGAUUAUGGGCCACCUGGUAUGGCAUUAGAACAAAAUAUUCUGGAGAUCUGGAGAAAACAUUUUGUACAUGAAGAAAAUAUGCUUGAAAUUGGUACCAGUAUUGUUACACCUCAUGAGGUUCUCGAAACAAGUGGUCAUGUUUAUAAAUUUCGGGAUUGGAUGUGUAAAGAUCCAUCAACAGGUGAAAUAUUUCGUGCAGAUCAUUUGAUCAAGGAAAUUUUAAAAGAAAGGAUUAAAAAAGGGUUGGAAUCUGGUUUAGGAUGUAAGGAUAUGAGUAGAGAUGCUUGUGGAGAAAGAUAUGAUAAAUUUGAUUCAUGUUUGAAUGAAAUAAAACAAUAUGAAAGUAUUCUUUCUCAAAUUGACAAUUAUGAUGAUAAAGGUCUUUCUAGAGUAAUAGAGGAGCAUGAUAUUCGGAAUCCACAGACAAAUGUCCGAGUAGAAGGCCCAGUUGCGUUUAAUCUUAUGUUUGCUACAGAAAUUGGGCCUACGGGGAAUAUGACAGGAUAUUUGCGUCCAGAGACAGCUCAGGGACAAUUUUUGAACUUUAAUAAGCUUUUGGAAUUCAAUAAUGCUAAGAUGCCAUUUGCAUCAGUAGUUGUUGGUAAAAGUUUUAGAAAUGAAAUUAGUCCAAGAAGUGGACUGUUACGAGUUAGAGAAUUUACAAUGGCAGAGAUUGAGCAUUAUGUAGAUCCCUUAAAUAAGGAUCAUAAACGAUUUGAUGAGGUGGAAAAUGUUAAAAUGAAAUUUUUGACAAGAGAAAUACAGAUGUCUGGUAAAGAAGAAAUUAUAGAAAUGACAGUUGGAGAAGCUGUUUUUAGAGGUAUUUUAGACAAUACUACCUUGGCAUAUUUUCUUGCACGAAUACAUUUAUUCUUGAUUAAAAUUGGAGUGAAUAAGAACAAGCUUAGAUUUCGACAGCAUAUGAGAAAUGAAAUGGCACAUUAUGCUAGUGAUUGUUGGGAUGCUGAAUUACUAACAUCUUAUGGAUGGAUUGAAUGUGUUGGGUGUGCGGAUCGUGCAGCAUAUGAUUUAACUGUUCAUUCUGAUAAGACAAAGGAAAAACUUGUUGUUAGAGAGCUUUUGUCGAAACCUAUGGAGGUUAAAGAAUGGGUUGUUACCGUAGAUAAGAAAAAGAUUGGUCCUUUACUUAAAAAGGAUCUAAAAGUUGUUGAACAAGCUAUUUCCAGUUGGAGUAAUGAAGAUAAAAUAAGAUAUCGUGAUCAAGCAGUAUCUGAAGGUAAAAUUGUAGUUAAAGUAGCGGAUGGAAGACAAUUCGAAAUUCCAUCAUCAUUAUUUACAAUUGAACAAGUUAAAAAAACAAUUAGCGUUCGUGAAUAUAUUCCUAAUGUAAUUGAGCCUUCUUUUGGUAUUGGAAGAAUUUUAUAUUCUCUUAUUGAACACUCUUAUUGGAUAAGAUCUGAUGAUAUUGAUCGUUGUGUUCUUUCUUUUCUUCCUAUAGUUGCUCCUGUCAAGUGUUUAUUAGUUCCAUUAAGUAAUAAUUCUGCAUUUGAUCCUAUUAUUGAUAAAUUAUCAUCUGAAUUGCGUCGACUUGGGAUAUCCUAUAAAGUUGAUGAUUCUUCUGCUGCAAUUGGUAGACGAUAUUCAAGAAAUGAUGAGUUAGGUACACCAUUUGGAAUAACAGUUGACUUUCAAACAGUAAAUGAUGGAAGUUUAACUCUUAGAGAACGAGAUACGACAAAACAAAUAAGAGCAUCAGAAAAAGAGAUAUUAAAAGUUGUCAAAGAGCUUUCAGAAGGAUUGAUAUCAUGGGAUGAUGUCUUAAAAGAUUUUCCUAUAUUUAAUAAGCAAAAUACGGAUACUCCUGAAAUAACAGAUCUCUAUACAAGAGAAUGAAAUUGACUAAAUAUGAAUCAGCUGAAUUAUGUUGAUUAUUCUUCACUGCUGCUAUCUUCCAUAAUAAUUAUAGGAAUUUCAGUAUCAGAAAGAUUAUCUGAUUCGUUCUCUAUGCCUAUUGGAAUAGUAUCUAGAUUACUUUCUUUUUCUGUAGUCUUUAUUAGUGGUUGAAGUAUAUUUUCUGACAAAUGACUGUUUUGUGUGUCAUUAUUUAAGAAAGUUUUAAAAAUAUGUUCGUUUGAAAAUUCUAACUUUUCUUCUGAUUCAAAUGUAGGAUGAGAGGUUAUAUCUUGAGUUAUAUUUAGUGGUUCUUUUUCUG